UUAUUAUGGACCAUUGGCAUUGUUGACUGAGAAUCAUCAAACUGAUGUUUGAAGUGAAGAAUUAGGAUCUACUAGUACCUGCUUUUGAAACACUUUCUUUCGAAACAGCUGUGCUGCAUUGUUUGCUAACCGUAUCAGGAUGGGCCUUUGUAAGUGCCCCAAAAGAAAGGUGACGAAUUUGUUCUGUUUUGAACAUAAGGUGAAUGUCUGCGAAUACUGCAUUGUCGGAGAGCACUCUCGGUGCGUAGUCCAAUCGUACCUUCAAUGGCUUCAAGAUAGUGAUUUCAAAGCAGAGUGUGGCUUAUGCUCGAAAAGUCUUGCUCAGGGCGAUGUAAUUCGUCUAGUGUGUUAUGAUGUAUUCCAUCUGUCGUGCCUGGAUCGCCAUGCAUCCAGUCUGCCCGUCAACACUGCACCGGCAGGUUAUACGUGUCCAAAGUGCAAGUCGGGUAUCUUCCCAGGGGAGAACUAUGUGUCACCAGUUGUGGAUGAGAUUCGCCGUCUCUUGGCACCGUUUCGCUGGGCACAAGCUGGACUCGGCAGGCCGGUUGUCAGUGAUGUGAAUUCUGAACGUGAUAUGUCGCAUACGCCUUCAGGUCUCGACGAAACAGAUUAUCACAGCACAACGACGGCAACAACAACAAUGUCGGCGCCAUCAUCAUCGCUGGAUGAAGCCGCUGCCCAGCUGGACCAAGCUAUCGAGAGAGCAACAAGCACGUCCGGACGAGCAACAACGACAACCAGCGGUGUGACACGGAAGAAGCCAGAGGUAGCGGCAUCAGCCGGCUAUUCAGAGAGCCAGCAUGUCCAGCGCAAAGUAGUGGACACGCGUCCCAGUGGCGAGACACACGUACCCAUGGGGGUGGACCACGACGAGGACAAGUAUCGUCGGCGCGGGGCGCUUGACUUCCUCGUUCGCUGGACAGGCUUGAAAUUCGGCGGCAAGGUCGGCAAGGAGCGUGGUGCCGGACUCCAUCGGCCGGUCAUUUUCAUGCUGCUCGUUCUACUGGGCAUCAUGAGCUUGAUCAUACUGGCCACGCGCGUUACCCACACGCCGACUCACGAAGCCGGCUCCCAGUUCGAUCCACUCAACAACCCCAACGUUCAUGUGCAGCAGAAUUAAGCCCUCCUCGUCCGCCACAGCUCUGAGAUCUAGGCUUGUCUACCGUGACUGUUGUUCGUCAAUCACUUUGCUCGCUAACCAGUAGAGGUUGUCUUAGCAAAUAUCUCUCUACCUUACUUUGUAGGUUGCAUUUAGAAAUGAUACUCUAUUUGAAACAGCUGUCAGCACACGCAUAUUUGUGCUUCGCUGUCUGUACAAUACCUCAGCCCCUUCUCCCGUCACUGUGUGUGCUUAUGCUGAUCGUGUUUGUGUUUGUUUUGUUCGGUGCCGCCACGGUAGUUGCACCUCCUCCGUUUUAAACUGUUCUCAAAUUACUUUUGGUUAAUUUGAUACCAUACUUCAUUCUCAGUGCGUGUUUUGCACAACAAUCAUGUACAUACGCAAAUGUAUGGACCAAAUGGUCCAUUUACGCUCGUCAUGCCUACCACACGUGCGUUUACUAGCAGGCUAGCGCCAAAAGUCCGUAAAACCCCUAGGCCCUGGGGGUUUAUGAACUCUUGCUACCGCAUGACAAGCCUAUUACUUGUAUCUAACAGUUAAGUUAGCCAGACAUGGCGGGUUUUCUUUAGUAUUUUCACCUCGUGAAUUUCUGGCACCGUGUACAAGUAUCACACCAGUACCUUUAAUAUUAUUGGUUUUUUUUAUCUCUUUAUAGGGAUAGUUUCCUGCUUAUUGGUCAACAGCCGGGA